AUGACUGUUGAAAAUCAUGCUAAAGAUGGAAUGGCAAAUGUCGCAGUAACAAUUAUUCCUACUUCAAGUCGUUCAAUUGUUGCACCCGCCAUGGCACCGAUAGAGAAAUCUAAAAAGUUUUCUAAUGUGAAUUUUAAAAGCCCUCUAGAAUUAUCGGAGGAAUGCUUUAUAGUAACUGAAGCGUGGAAGCACUCGAAUUUCUCAGAUUUGUGGGAUGCUUUGGAGAUGAAAUACAAAUCUGAGGAUGCGGGAAUGCAAAAGUUCAUUAUUGCAAGAUUUCUUCACUUUAAGAUGACAGAUAGUAAGACUGUUAUCUCGCAGGUUCAAGAAUUGCAAGUUAUCAUCCAUGAUCUCCUAGCGGAAGGUUUGAUUGUGAAUGAGGCUUUCCAAGUAGCUGCUAUAAUUGAGAAAUUACCACUAUUGUGGAAAGACUUCAAAAACUACUUGAAGCACAAGAGAAAGGAGAUGUCGGUUGAAGACCUCAUUGUGAGGUUACGAAUUGAAGAAGACAAUAAAGUAGCCGAGAAGAGUUUUAGAGGAAAUUCCUCAAAUAGUGGAGCAAAUAUUGUGGAGGAUGACCCUAUAAAUCAAAGAAAAGAAAGAAAACGUAUGAACAACAAAGCAAUCCUCCUAAGAAAAAAUUCAAAGGAAAUUGCUUUACUUGUGAAAAGAUCAAAGGUAGGUCCAGCAUAG